CCCACCCCCACGUCGAGUGAUCCCCAGCACGGAGGCAGACUCCUCCCCCACCUCCACGCCGAGUGAUCCCCAGCACGGAGGCAGACGGGCCCCUUGCGUGCUUUCGCGUGGGAGCCCGGACGCGGAGCUCCGCCGUGGGGAUCUCAGCCCAGCCCAGCCCAGCGGCCCAGCAGUGCAGAGCAACCGGGGCCUCGUCGUCCUCAAUCCACCUCACCAUUCCACCUCCUCGUCCUCACUCCACCUCCUCGUCCUCACUCCACCUCCUCGUCCUCACUCCACCUCGUCGUCCGUCCCGACUGGAAGGCCAUGUCUCUCGAAGACCCCUUCUUCGUCGUGAAGGCGGAAGUGGUGAAGGCGCUGGCCUCAGCGCAGGGUCUGCACCAGCGCUGGAGGGAGCUGCUGCUACUGGAGCCGGGCGCCGGCUCUGGCGGCGGCUCCGGCCACGGGAGUCACGGUCACCACGGGGGUCACCACGGGGGUCGCGAGGAGCUCGAGUGGACGAGCAACGAGCUGCGUAACGCCCUGCGCAGCCUCGAGUGGGACCUGGAGGACCUCGCCGAGACCGUCAGCAUCGUGGAGACCAACCCUCGCAAGUUCAAGAUGGACUCCUCUGAGCUGGGCGAUCGAAAAGCGUUCAUCGCUCGCACCAGGCAGAGCGUCAAGGAGAUGAAGGACGACAUGGCCAGCCCCCGCGCGGUGGCCGGCGAGGAGGGGAAGAGCCGCAAGUCGCUGCUGGGAGGUGGAUCGCUGGGCGUAGGAGGAAGCCGUGGAGGCCCCGGAGGGAGGUACGGGCGGCUGGAGCAGGAGAUGGAUCUGGAGAACUCGCGGUACAUCGCCGACACCCACGCCCAGCAGCAGUUGAUUGUGCAGUCUCAGGACGAGCAGCUGGAGUUGGUGUCGGGCAGUCUGGGGGUGCUCAAGCACAUGUCGGAGCGCAUCGGCACGGAGCUGGACGACCAGGACCGGAUGCUGGGUGACUUCUCCCAGGAGCUCGAGGUGACGCACUCACGCAUGGACGGGGUGCUCAAGAAGCUCGCUAAGGUGUCGCGCAUGACGAGCGACCGCCGCCAGUGGAUCGCCAUCCUGGUGCUGCUCGGCCUGAUGUUGCUGGUGCUCAUCUUGUUCUUCACCGUGUGAGACGGCCAUCCUGCACCACAGUUGUGGGGGCGCGGGGGAGGAAGGGGGGGGGGGGGCGCCAACACUGGGGGGCUACGGUCAUCCCCCAGAAUCGUUUCCGGCGCUACCCCCAGGGAUCUGUGCCAGGCCAGGUGCACACGUGAAGUGUCGAAGGCUAUCGCUGCUGCUGCUGCUGGCAGGAGGUCACGGGACAGAGACCCCAGGUGGUGCCGCGGGUCGACUGACUUGAAACGACUGGCAGAUGCACACCAGCUGUGGCCCCCUAGUGUGCCCACCGCGACCCUGAGCUACGCACGCACAGACACACGCGCCGAGCCUCCACCCCAGAGCUACGACACCCUCGCACCCCCCACGCCUGCACCCUGACCCCCCCUAACCAAGUUGCUCGCACCACCAUCACAGUCGUCACUCGGCCUCGGCUCAGCUCGGAUGCGGCGGUGGAAAAAGAAUGGGGGCUGCGGGCGCAACGGUUUGUCUACGGGAGUUUCUCGCCGCGGUCCCCCACGCGCUCUCCCCUCAACGGAGAAGGAGGAGGAGGAGCGGCGACAGGACACGAAAUCUCUCGCUCUGCUUGAAGCCCUCUCGUCGUGGGCAGCAGCAGGAGCAGCGGCGGCGGUGGCGAGUUCCUCAGCGUUGACGGCUGUUGCCAGCGCGCGCGAUGAUACAAACGGAUGUCGCUUCAUACCCCCAUCCCUCUACCCCCUCCCCUCUACCCCCUCACCGCUCCCCCCGCCCCCACCGCGUGAGAGGACGAGAAAAAAUUAGGAACAGCAGCCCGCUGCUUUUUUGAUGUGCGGUUGUGCAAUCGUUGGCGGCGCAGUUGCCGGCAACGAUUGCCGGCAAUCUCGUACCGUGGCCCCGGUCUGCUUAGCGCAAGUGGUUCUCAACCAGGCGGGUGCGUGUGGUAGCCCUCUGGUACGUGGGCAUGGUCCCAGCGGGUACGCGAGGUGAUUUAUAAACGUGCGGAAUUUUAUCGUGAGUGAGUCAUUGGUGAAUAAUCACGUUGUAUGAAUUUGCCGAUAUUAAAUCACUGCGGUAAAGAUUGCAAUCCAUACGGUAACCUCGAACGUUGUAAAAGACCUUUCUAAACGCAUUGAUGAUCGUAAACACUGCGGUUUCUAAGAGUAACUAGCGAGCGUGAACAAAUGAUGCGUGCAGAGCGUCCGUUUAAUUUUUAUUUUCAAUUCACUUGCGGUUACUCGCAGCCAGUU